AUGAAGAAGUUGAUGGACACUGACCGAGCCACCGGACAGCGUCUUGUCGAAGACCUCAGCUUGAGGUACAACUUGAAAAAUGUGAUGAUACCAUACUCUCAGGCCCCCGCCGUUGUCACCAUAUCUCCAACGCCACGAGUUCCCCUGGGGCCUCGCCAUCCAAUUCCUACUCCUGCAGGGGCCAAAGGUCCGACAAAAUGGGACUCGGAUUUCCCAAAGCUGGGCACACCUGCCCAAAAGACUUCUUCGCAGAGUUCUUCUGCAUGGUCUGCUUUAGCGCCACCAAAUCCCGCUUCACGUUAUCCAGUCAGGUCACCCCCUCCAGUCAGGUUACCCCCUCCGGCCAGAGCGACACAACCUAUGCAACCUAGCAUCGUACCGCAGGUUAAAAUCCCCAUCGCUCAACAGUCUGAACUUGGAAAACUUGCUACACCGAGAUAUCCGAAUGUUAGAAAGACUCGGAAGCCUGCAAGUGUGACGGAUGAGAACAUAGCACCCAGAGGAUUGCCUCCCUCAGCGCCUCCGGCUCCCGCUGCCAUUAUCAAGCCCCGACAGGAGCGUAGCCCGACACCUGGAACGACUGUGUCGUCGGCGCCUAGUCGUGAAUCUGGAUUCCGUUCUCCAUUGUCUACUUCACCGCCGCCUCAGACCACCCCUGGCAGUUCCUCUCCUCCUACCUCGCCGCCUACGCGUUACAUUUCUCGACCCGGUAGCCCGGUGUCGCUUUCAAUUGUCAAGAGGCCGGAAUUCAACCCUGGGACUCGUGAUCGACCUGCAGGCAUCCGGUUUCCGGGGGGCUUACCUAGCGAUGCUACCCGCCCGGUUGCUGCCUCUGCCAACCAUGCUGCACUUGAAGAUAGCCUCGAGAUGCCUGGAAAUAUCCCUCACCCGUCCAUUCCGAUAGCUACUCCAUUGGUUAGGCGACCUACUGAGCCUGCUGCAUUCACUCGGCAGAAACUACUCACCGGUUUGCCAAUUUCGAGUAUCCCGGAGCGCUCAAGCUCAAAGCGUCCCCGGUUCCUCCAAAGCCUCCAAAGCUUCGCAUGA